AUGACCAAAUCAUGGGGAAAUCUUCCACCUGAAUUGAUUGAGCUCGAUUUUGAUACAGACUCUGAUGAUGAUGCAGAACUCCUUGCAAUAACUUCAGCGCCGAAGUUAGAAUCAAGCGAUGCAACGCCAGGAUCAAGUGCAGCAGUACCAGCAUCCAGAGGAUCAAGCUUCUUUGAUAAAAGACCGCCCUCAAGUAGUUCUCGAAUAACAACAUCCCAGCGAAGUACAAGCAGUAGAACCUCGACAAGUAGCAACUUUGGGAUUGCAGUGACACAUCAUGAACUGAAUCCUGAUACUCUUGGCAGCUAUAUCUACCCCACAAAUCUCCCGCCUCGAGAUUAUCAAAUGAAUAUCGUCCAAAAGGCUCUAUUCAACAAUGUUCUGUGUGCGCUACCGACAGGUAUGGGAAAAACAUUUAUUGCUAGUACAGUUAUGCUAAAUUGGUAUAGAUGGACUGUGGACGCUAAGAUUAUUUUUAUGGCUCCCACAAGACCAUUAGUAUCGCAGCAGAUUGAAGCAUGUCUUGGUAUCACAGGUAUCUCCAAGACAGAUGCUUGUGUAAUGAUUGGAACAAGUAGAGCUAAAGCAGAUGGAAGUCGCGAAGAACUUUGGAAGUCAAAGCGAGUCUUUUUCUGUACUCCUCAGAUUGUCGAGGGUGAUCUAAAACGUGGCCGAGUAGAUCCCAAGUCAAUCGCAUGCCUUGUGUUUGAUGAAGCACAUCGAGCAACAGGGAAUUAUUCCUAUGUUGAAAUUGUUAACUUUAUCUACAGAUUUCAGCAAUCUUGCCGAAUUUUGGCUCUCACAGCUACUCCAUCUGGCCAUAUUGAAGGUGUACAGCUAGUCAUAGACAAUUUAAAAAUAUCCCGAACGGAAAUCCGUACCGAAGAUAGUUUGGAUGUGCGACAGUAUAUUCACAAGAGGAAUAUUGUAAGAGUUCAAGCAGAACCUUCUGAGGAUGAGAUUGUUAUCCUUGAUCAUCUAAGCAAGGCAGUGGGACCUCUGCUAGGUGAAAUGAAUGCAAUGGGAGUUUAUUACGUCCGAGAAGUAGAUCGAAUUACACAGUUCGGAGCAUUAUCAGCAUUACAGAAGUACAUGGCAUCCCCUGCUGGAAGAAACAACAAAGGAGCCGGAUUUAAAGUCCAGGCAAUUAUGCCCAUUUUGAUAAAAAUUGGCCAGGCUAUUCAUCUUCUCAAAGUGCAUGGAAUAGUCCCAUUUUACAACUGUAUAAAUGAGAUGAGAGGGGAAGAAGAACAAGCUAGACAGAAAAAUACAAAGAAAAAGGCAACAAAAAAGAGCACUUUAUUGAAUCAUGAAGGGUUUGUUGCUUGUCUUGACUACUGUGAGCAGGUGAUUUUUGAUGCGAAAACAUCAGAGUUGAGACCAGACUUUAUAGGACAUGAAAAACUCAGACACGUAGUUGAUAUCAUGAGCGACUUCUUUCUUAAAAAUGAAGGGUCCAGGGCUAUUAUCUUUGCGGAAUACAGAGACUCGGCAGCUGAAAUUGAAAGGGUUUUGAAAUAUUUUUGUCCCAUCAAUGUUCGACCACAUUUAUUUAUUGGUCAGAGUAAUUCUGACAAAAGCAAGAAUAAAAAGAAUAAGGAUGAUACUAAGCCGAAAGAGACAAGUCGGAGAGGUAUGAGACAAAAAUUACAGCAAGAAGUUGUGGACAAGUUCAAAUCCGGUGAGCUAAAUGUACUUAUUGCAACAUCCAUUGGCGAAGAAGGUCUAGAUAUUGGUGAAGUGGAUUUGAUUGUAUGUUUCGAUCAAUCAAAGAGUCCAAUUAGAAUUAUCCAAAGAAUGGGCCGUACGGGUCGUAAGAGAGAGGGUCAGAUUUACCUUUUAAUGACGAAAGAGGAGGAAAAGAAAGUGGACCAUUCAGUUGGCGGUUAUAAAUUUAUUCAAAAUCAGAUCAAUGACCAAGAAAAGUUUACAUACCAAGAAAAUAACCGUAUUCUUCCAUUCUCAGUGCGACCCAUAUGUGAAAAGAUUCUUGUAGAUAUCCCUGAAGAAAACAAGGAGAUUCUUGUCGCUAAAGACAAGGCCAAGGACAUUGUAGAAGUGCUCAAGUCAACUCAAAAACCUACCAAAACGAGAAAGAAGGCCACACCCAAAAAGUUCUUUAUGCCUGAUAAUGUUCACACAGGUUUCCUCCAAGCCAGUGCUCUAGCUGUAGACAGCGAAGGAAACGUACCCCCGCCACCAGUGGCGCAGCUACGAACUGACCAGAUUAAUUCAAGCGAAGACCUUAACUUGAGCGGAUCACCGCCCAAAACCUCACUCUCAACGGUUGUUAACAGCUCGCCUAAAAUCGCACAUGCGUUAGAUUUGGACAGCGACAACGAUUUUGCAUUUGAUUCCAGUAGUGACAUUGAUCCCGGCGACCAUAAGAUAGACACCACGGGCACACUCGCAAGUAGAACAAUUCAGAUUCAACCACGUCCCCAAGAAGUUGAAAGUAACAACGACGAUAUCAAAUCAGACCCGAUUUCCAGCGAUGAUUUGCUAGAUGAAAUGCGGGAAGUCGAUGCUAUUUCGAAAGCAGCGGCAGCAAAGCCACGGAUUUUAAAGCCCCCUCUCAAGCCAUCUGCUGGAAGCUUAUCUGCUAUAAUUGCUAAAACAAAGCAGAAGACACCGACGAGUUUAACUACAACAGCAGUGACUUCCACCCCUGUAUCCACAUCCACUCCCGCGUCAACUUCUACAGUAGCAAAUCCAGUAGUAAACCCAGUAGUAAACCCAGUAGCAAACCCAGUAGUAAACCCGGUAGCAAACCCAGUAGCAACUCCAGUAGCAACACAAACUCCCAAACAGACCACAGCUAACAAAACAAAGUCGUUUGAGAAACCACCCGUGCCUGCAUUACAAAGCUUUUUCAAACAACCGUCCCCUCAACUGUCACCGCCACCACCACCGUCAGUACACGAAUCAAAACAACCGGUGCGGUCUGAGACUGAGCGAGUUAUUGCAUCCGCUACAGGAAAAGAAGGAUUCCUUUCCCCCGAUCAGCUCGAUAUCUUCGAAGCUGUCUACAGAACAGACAAUGCUCCAGACUGUGCUGAGUACGACCCGCUCAUUGGAGCGAAGCUCGCCAACCCUCCUCAUGCAUUUAUCGCUCACAGCGUGACAAGCAAACUGUUCCACUCUACAAUUCAACGGAUGAAGACCCUGGCAACAGAUCCCUCUUUGAAGCGACCCACACUGAACAUGGAGUCCCCGCCGUCCAAGCGACCAAAAAAAUUAUAG